AUUUCCAAGAAUAAGUAGAGGUAGUGCUAAUAAUAUACAUAGUACAUAUAUCGCUAGAGGUAGUACAUCCAUGAAAAAUUGAUUAAAUAAAGGAAUGCAAAUUUGAUUGGUUACUUCUGAUAGAUCCAAUAAAUUCAUAAAAAGAGCAAAUACCAUGUCAAAAAACAACAAAUCAUCUAAACAUAAAAUUUGCUGCUUCUGUAGAUCAUCACAAAAUAAUGAAUUGGAAUUUGGAAAAUUUUAUGAAGAUGGUAACAUUGUUACACAUUAUUAUUGUUUGCUUUUAUCAUCAAAUAUGCAACAGAGAGGAAAGGAUGAUCAAGGUAUUUUAGGAUUUUUGAAAACGGAUAUACAAAAAGAAAUUCGCAGAGGAAAAAGACUGGUAUGUUCAUACUGUAAAAAAUCUGGUGCCACUUUGGGAUGUUAUAAUGUAAAAUGUAAAAAAAUAUUUCAUUAUCCUUGUGGGUUAAGGGCUGGUACCUUAAAUCAAUUUUUUGGUGAAUUUAGAUCAUAUUGUAUAAAUCAUAGACCAAAGCAAAAAAUAGAUACUCAAGUUAAACGUGAAUUAAGAAAAAUGAAUGAAAUAGUAUGUUAUAUAUGUUAUGAAAAAGUGGAUUCUUAUGAUACAGUUGAUACAAUGUGGGCUCCAUGUUGUAAAAAAAAUGCAUGGUUUCAUAGGAAAUGUGUACAACAACUUGCUAUGAGUGCUGGAUAUUUUUUUAAAUGUCCUUUAUGUAAUGAUAAAAAAUUAUUUCAAAAAGCAAUGUUAGAAUUUGGUAUUUUUAUCCCAAGUCAAGAUGCUUCAUGGGAACUUGUACCCAAUGCAUUUGAAGAACUUUUAUAUAGACACGAUCAAUGUGAUGCUUCUAUAUGUCUUUGUCCUAAAGGAAGAAAGUAUACGAGUUUUAAUGCAAAAUGGAAAUUAACACUUUGUCGCACUUGUGGUUCACAAGGGAUUCAUAUGGCUUGUGGACAACUUAAAUGGUCUAAUCCUGUUUGGGAAUGUACAGAGUGUAUUUCUAUUUUAGGAAAAUCUAAAGAAACUUCUAGUUCAAGCUCAAUAAGAGAUACAUUAGAGAAUGUUUCUGAUACAGAUGAUUCAAACAGUGAUAUUUCUGUUGGUAAAGAUUCACCUGUACCAUUUAUAUCAAGUUCACCAUUUAUAAACUCCACAUUACAAAUGUCAACUAUUAAAUUACGUCCUGGUCCUCGAAUUUAUAAAUUAAAACAACUUGAAGCAAAUAAAGAAAUGCAAAACAUUAAUAAACAACAAACCAGCGAAAACAUGAAUAUGUUGAAUUUAACAAAUAUGGAACAGUAUAGUUUACAAUCCACAAGCAGUAAUGAAAUUUUUUCGAAUGUGUCAACUUCAAUAACAGACUUAACAUCACACAAUUAUGAAGACAAUAUCAAUUUUUCAAUUCAACAUUCCAAAUCACAGUUGAAUGAACAAACUAAUAAUAUUAUUACACUUGAUAAUGACAUUAUAGAGGCCAAUAAAUGUAUUACAUUAAAUGAUAAAUUUGUUAUUGAGGAUAAUGAAAACGAAAAAAAUGAUGUAUCUGAAUUUAAAGAC